UGAAAAACAUUGAGAAAAAAUUAAAAAAAAAAAAAGAAAUUGUAGUUUGUUUAAAUUAUCAGAGAAACGCAAAGGAGUCAAGUCAAAUACAUAUAUAAAAUGACUGCAGCAUAUAUGAGAUAUAGCAAGGAGGAGCAGCCUCACAGCAGUAGCAAAAUGGCCGGAGCAACACUCUUCGAACGUGCCCAAGCUUUGUCCAGCGUGAAUCGCGAGGAGGGCAUUUCACUGCUGAAUAAAAUUGUACGCGAACAGGAAGUCGCCGAAAACGAUGAGGAGCUGAUACGCAUCAAGGAGCAGGGCAUUAUGCAGCUGGGUGAGCUCUACAAACAGGAGGGCAAGGCCAAAGAAUUGGCAGAUUUGAUCAAGGUGACUCGACCGUUUUUGAGUUUGAUCAGCAAGGCAAAGGCCGCCAAAUUGGUGCGCUCGCUCGUCGACAUGUUCCUCGAUAUGGAUGCUGGCACGGGCAUUGAGGUGCAACUUUGCAAAGACUGUAUAGAGUGGGCCAAGCAGGAGAAGCGCACAUUUUUGCGUCAAUCGCUGGAAGCACGUCUCAUUGCCUUAUAUUUCGAUACGGCUCUCUACACGGAGGCUCUGGCAUUGGGCUCGCAGUUGCUGCGUGAACUGAAGAAGUUGGACGAUAAGAAUCUGCUUGUCGAAGUCCAGCUGCUGGAGAGCAAAACAUACCAUGCACUGAGCAACUUGCCCAAGGCACGCGCUGCUUUGACAUCGGCACGCACCACGGCGAAUGCUAUCUACUGUCCACCCAAAGUUCAGGGUGCCCUCGAUCUCCAAUCGGGCAUUCUGCAUGCGGCCGAUGAACGUGAUUUUAAGACGGCGUUUUCCUAUUUCUAUGAAGCAUUUGAGGGUUUUGAUAGCGUUGACAGUGUCAAAGCGUUGACAGCUCUCAAGUAUAUGUUGCUGUGCAAGAUUAUGCUCGGCCAGUCCGAUGAUGUGAAUCAAAUCGUUAGUGGCAAAUUGGCCAUAACAUAUUCCGGCCGUGAUGUGGACGCCAUGAAAGCUGUUGCGGAGGCAUCACACAAACGUUCGCUUGCUGAUUUCCAGCAGGGUUUAAAGGAUUACAAGAAAGAGCUCGCUGAGGAUGUGAUUGUGCAGGCACAUCUGGGCACACUUUACGACACUAUGCUGGAGCAGAAUCUUUGCCGCAUUAUCGAGCCAUACUCACGCGUUCAGGUUUCACAUGUGGCGGAGAGCAUUCAUUUGCCUAUGCCACAGGUUGAGAAGAAGCUAUCACAAAUGAUUUUGGAUAAGAAGUUUAGUGGAAUUUUGGAUCAAGGCGAAGGUGUGCUUAUUGUCUUCGAGGAGACGCCUGUGGAUAAGACAUAUGAGCGUGUGCUGGAAACCAUACAAAGCAUGGGCAAGGUGGUAGAUACACUUUAUCAGAAGGCCAAAAAACUAUCAUAAGUGCACAGAUCAAUUGCCCACAAUUCUCUACUACUCUCCUCCCUAAUCCGAAAGAAGAAAACACCUCAAAGCGUCCACUUCAAAUAACAUCUGCGAAAUUAGAAGAUAAAUAUACAUUUUUGGGUUUCCUCUGGUAUUUUGAAAUGAGUUUCCACAAGAACCAAAAAAAAAAAAAAAUCAGAAAUCAUACACACAUCCACAUCUUUGUAAUUUUCUGCAAGAACUGGCCGAUUGAUUAACAGCUGAUAAAAUAAACAAUUAUUGUUGGUCAAUAGCAACUACAAUAAUGUGUAAACCA